AAAAAACGUUUUGCAAAGAUGUCGAUAUUUAAACGUAAACCUCUUCCUUCAUCUGAGGAAGAGUAUGAUGAGCCAUGGAGACCAAUAAAUUGGGGCGAAUCUAAGCAAAACCUGUUGAAAAUACUGAACAAUUUUCAGCCUGUGAACUCAGAUGUCAAAACUCUCAGGAUUCUUCUCCAUGGGCCAGUAGGUGCGGGGAAAUCAAGCUUCAUCAAUUCUGUAGAUACUUGUCUUCAAGACAGACUUACUAGUAGAGCCGUGGCAAAUUCAACACUUGAAGGAGGAAGUUUCACUUUGGAGUGUAAAACCUACAAACUGAGGAAGAACGACUCUUCAUACCAUUUCACAUUUACUGACAUCAGUGGUAUUGAAGAUAAAGGAGGAAUACUGGUAGAUGACGUCAUCAAAAUAUUAGAUGGUCAUAUCAAAAAUGAAUAUACUUUUAACGCAGUGAAAGUAAUUUCAGAAGACGACCCAAUGUACAACAAGAACCCCAGUAUCAAAGACAAGAUUCACUGUCUGGUGUCUGUUAUUUCUGCAAACAGUAUAUCUAGAAUGAAAACUGAGGCCAUAGAAAAAAUAAAAAAAAUUCGGAGAAGAGCAACAGAUAUGGGCAUUCCUCAAGUCAUCAUCUUGACUAAGGUGGAUGAAGCAUGUCCACUGACAAAAAACAAUCUUGAGAAGGUUUACACAAGCAAGAAAAUUAAGGAGAAGAUGGAGUUGUGUUCCAGCGCAAUAGGAGUUCCUGUGAGCUACAUCUACCCUAUACAGAACUAUUUUGAGGAACUUACCACAAACCACAAAUUAGAUAUUCUGAUUUUAAAUGCAUUACAAAUUAUUGUCAGCUUUGCCAAUGAUUUUGUGAAGGACAAGGUAGACGACAUGAAACUGAAGAGCGCACAUAACAAUCUCUAAACACAUUAUACACUCUCAACUUAAGGGAGUCAUAUUGUGAGAUUUUUUUAAAGAGGAAAAAUAAGUCUUUUGUGUCCCCAGAGUGCAUAUGUGAAGCUUUUUUACCCCAAAGAUAAUUUUUUAUAGCAUGUUAAAACUGCCACUUUUUUAUGUGCAAGCAAAAAUGUGCCAUUUUAGUGUGUGUCCUUUAAAAUGCAAAUGAGCUGAUGAAAUGCAAACCCUGAUCGCAAUGAUGGUGGUUUGUUGCAAUUAAAAACUCAAUUGUGCUGUCAAUUAUUUUUUAGCUCCUUCUUUCACUCUGCACGAAAUGGCAGUGAUUGGAUAGUGCAGUUAAAGGGACGGGAUCAUUGUAAUUGGACUUGCUACCUACGUAACAAAAUAGGUGAAAUCUGAAUGUCCUAAUUUUUCACAUGCUUGCAGAGAAUGGUUUACAAAAACAAAGUUACUGGGAUUUUCACGCUAAUUCAGCCUGAUUAUCUUUUGGUGUGUACUGGGCUUGAGAUGGAGUCUUUGGGUAUUUUUAUAACCAGGACUUUUUUACGUGGUUCGGCCAUUCGUCCACACGAAAACGCAAUAUUAGUGCACUGAAACCAAACAGGUUUUUGCCUUGCGACGUCAGAUUGUGCGCCGUUAUCUGCUGUGUUUGAGGUCAGAUUGUGCGCAGCUGACUGCUUUGUUAAAGAUUCUAUGGCAGAAGUAGCCCAAAUCUGGGGCCUCUUUCAAUAAGGAGGUUCAACCAACUCUCAGUUAAAACUUGAACUCUGAGUUGACUUACUCUGAGAUAGGAAACUCUGAGUUUUCGGUUACAGAACAGCUGAAAUGAGUUCGUUGACUCUGAGUUAAGCGAGUGCACAGCCACUAUGAAAAGCCAUCAUCAAUGGAGCUCCGAUAUCAUGAUUCACCAUGGCAACAGCACGUGACAAAGAGAUCUAAAUCCCUUUUACUACUAAAACUGAAAGUGUUACUGCAAGUGUACAGCACACUGAUUCUUGAGAGUCGGGACAAAACAGGUUUUAAAAACCUGUUUUUUAAAAUACACACUAUAUCAAUUAAAGUUAUAUGUUUCUGCGGAGAAAGGUCUUAGCUAUUUAACCAUGUAAAGGAACAGGUUCUAAAUAAAAAAACAUUUUUAAAAAAUAAACAUGUUUCCCUUCAGAACUGGGUUUGUGUCAACUCCAUCAGACACACUAACAAGUAUAAAAUUUGUUUAUAUCCAACGCUGUUGGAAGAUCUGACGGUGUUUUAGCGUUCUGAUAAGAGAUAUAGCUCCAAAAAAAAUUAGUGUUUACAUUCCUCUUUGCAAGUGUUAAUCGUCCACACGAUGUGACAAGACAUUACUCCCAUUAACUAUAACGUAACAUCCAAGAGCGGUGAUCUUUGACGGAAUAAUAACUUCCGAUUGGGGAUUCACAGACUGAUUUACAAGCUAGUGAACUAAUGAGACACACGGAGAGUGAUUCAAAACAGCGCGGUUGUGUGUGUGUGUGUCCGUGUGUGCCUGCAGUUUUUACAUUCAGAGAUGAGCCUGUUUAGAGGACCUCCAUUCACUAGGUGGUGGAUGAUACGAAAGGUGAAGUGGUUACUGUGCCGUUAUCAGUAGAAUAUUGCACGCCUCUUAGCCAAUCAGAUUCGAGAACCAAAAAGAACUGUUGUAUAUAUAAGUAUGUGUAUGUAUAUUACAUUUCAAAAGCAUGUCUGUUACUUUCAGCAAUAUCUAUGAAA